CGUUGGCUGUCGCAGCGUCGCAUUCCUCACUGCUCCACACUGAUCGAAGAACCAUGGCCGACGCUUCAAAAAAGAGGAAGCAAACGUCAGACAGUGCGCCGCAGUCAAAACGAAUUCGUUUGCCCCAGAUGUCCGCGCGCAUCAUCCCCGCAGUGUCGACGAGAAACGCGUACCCCAAUGGCGAGGUCAACGUCAAGAACUUUCUCAAGUCGCACGAAAAUGAAAUCAAGUCCCUUGAGGGGGCUAUGAGGGCGGCCAAGAAGGGCCUAUCGAGAAGAGCGUUCCAAGAUGUGCCCCGAGAGCUGCGCAGAAGAACUGCAAGCCACAAUCCAAACCGCGUGCCCAAACGGCUGAGGAGACGUGCGCGGCAGGAGGCCAGAGAGGACAACACGCCAAUAACGCGGGGCACGAGCGGCAGUGGAAUAGGCAAGGGCAAGAAGAAGCAUCUCAGGAAGGAGGGGAUUGAGAAGAGCAAGCAAGUGUGGAAGCAGCGGGAGCAGAAGACAACAGAGAAGGAGCGCACCGAGCACACCAAGAAAGAGCUGGACACGAGAGCAACUUCCAGCAGAACUGCACCGAAGUUCAGGCCUAAGUUCCCAUCCCUAGCUACGCCUAUCACGCCCCCUUCACGCUUCCGCAGGCGUCAACGAGACAAGACAUGGCUACCAACGCACAUAUGGCAUACGAAGCGUGCACGCAUGACCGAUCCAAAAGACCCGCUUUGGCGAUUUGCGAUUCCACUUGCGCCAGUCGUGAAAGCAUAUCGCCUGACGCAUCGUGCAGCAGCCCAGCGUGGGGCUGUUGCCUGGGAUAUGAGCUACAUGUCGACGAUUGGGCUCGAGGGUGUGGAAGACAGCAUUAUGGGGCUGCUGAGAGGACUCCAUUUUGGCGCUGAAGAGACUGAAGAUCCAGGGCAAGGUCGAGGUAGGGCAAAGAAGUGGAAGCAAGGCACACGAGUGUGGGAAGGCUGGCUUCAUGAGAGAGAAGCGAAGCCUUUGAAGCGAAUGGCGCAUGUGGCUGUCAUCUGGUGCGCGCCUGAGGUAGACAGCAAGAGACGAAAGGCCUUCCUGCGAGUGCACCCAAGCGCGUUCUUGCAGUGCUGGAAUGAGAUUGUUCGCAUCUCGAAGGUGCAGAAGCCAGUGGUGAUGGUCGAGGACCUCCGAUUCGAAAUUGGUUCCAUUGAGAUCAUGGGCCCGGCAGCGGCGGAGACGCUGUGCUCUAUACUACACCCAGCUCCUUGUGACGUAGCGCCUGAUGCGCCCGGUGCACUUUGGUCUUCACUUGCUUCCGUCACUGAUCCUGGUGUACUGCCGGCUGGCGCUUUGUUCUCCUUUGACAUUUCGGAUCCUCGGCUUCGAGACCCUCCUACACCAUCGUCCUUGGGCCAAGAUUCUUCUGUCUUGAUCGAGACACUCGCAACUUGGCCUAUUGACAGCACCCAGACCUCGUCAAGCAUCUUUAGUCGCACGGCUCGUCUUACUGGCCAGAGAACACUACCUUCGCAGAAGUCCAUCAACAAACGACAGAGCGCGAACACAUUAGGUGGAUACCCAGAACCCAGGUCAACAGAUCCUCAGAUUCCAAUGCUCACUUUCGUUUCUCGAGGGAGCAAAUCUUGGACGGUUCUACUUCCGUGGAAGUGCGUUAUGCCUGUAUGGCGUGGCAUCAUGCGCUACCCGGUAUCGACAGGAGGCAACCCUCGCUUUGGUGGCUUGAAGGAGAGACGGCAGGUCACAUUCGAACGUUCAGUGCCCAGCUUCCCAUAUGACUGCCCGGGUACUGACGCUGGCGUCUCCUGGGAGUCGAAACAGCAAGAAGUGCGAAAACACGAGUGGACAAAGCGACCGAAGGGCAAGAGGAUUGAGUGGUCUACUAUUGAUCUUGGCAAUGGGAGAAGGGGCGAAAGCGGCAAUCCGUGGGCCUGCGAGUGGGCGCGACUACAGACAGAUACACAAGCAGAGCCUGCGGCCUCAGAGGAUGAAUCUGGGAAGUCAACAACGCCAACGACGCCAUUCCGCCAGCUCUCUUCUACUCAAGCACACAGACUUCUGGAGGGAUCUGCUACCGAAAGCGAAGUACCCUAUGUCUUCACUGUCAAGAUCACAGUAGCAGGAAGAGGGUAUCCUGUCGAUUGCUCUCGAGUCUACCGCUUGCCCACAAAUAACCCUGAGCUACGCAGCAAAUGGUUGUCCUUGGCGUCAGGGUCGACCCUCAAGUCGAACGGGGUACCAAGAAGGCAGCAGACCCGCAGUGGCGAUGACGUACCUCAGCAUCUGCAGCGAAGAGAGCUUGCCAGCAGGCUUUUGCAGCCACCACUGCCGAAGAACGAUAUUCCUACACCCGCAGAUGAGGAGUACCCCCUGGUACCAGAUGAGACAGACCUGAUUGGCUUCGUCACAACAGGCAACUACAACUUGGCUGAAGGUAUGCCUACUGCUGUCGCAAACCUCGCUCUGCACCGGGUUCUUCGAGGUGAAGGCGUACAAGGGAAAGACCGCGUAUGCAUUGUGCGAGAGCCUGGCCGAACCAUAGGUAGACUUGCCAGGUGGGAGGUUGUUUAGAGCAGCUCAUAAGAUGCAAUGCAAAUAUACGUGAAAUGCACGAAUCACAAGUACAAA